GCGCGGGGCCGGGCCGCCGGCGCAGUCGCUGCAGUCGCCGCGGGAGGCGUCCGUGUAAGUGGUAGCAGGACUGGCGGGGACCUUCCUCGCGGGCCGGAGCGCGGAGCGCUGCCCCAGCCCUACGGCCCUCGGGGUCGGGACCCCGGGGAGCCGCCCUCACACAUUUUCCAGGCGGGAUCGGAGGGGCAAUGGGGUGGGGGACACGCUGUACCCUACCGACGACCGCGCGGGCCACCUUCGCCUCUUUCCUUCACACUCCCACUAACCGCAGUGCUGGGGGAGCAAAAUGUCCUCCUUCUGGAGCGAUUACCUUUUCCCUUUUGUGCUUUGGGGGAAACUGAGGACCCAGAGGGGUUCGCAAAGCAAGGCGGACCAGUAGGAAGACCCCUCCGCUAGUCCAGAGAGAGCACACAGCUCCCCAGGCAGAGCUCAUUGCCCCAUCUGCUCUAGUGGCCCAGCAUGAUCCCAUGACCUCUCUACUUCUUGAGGAAGAGUCGUGGGGUAGAGGGCGGGGAGGGGGUAGGGUAUCCCGUUCCCGUUGGGGCAGGGAUGAGGGAGGCGGGGCUGAGCCGAGCAUCUAUCUGGAUGGUAACAGCCAACGUGGAGGAAACGGCUCAGAGAGAACUUAGGUCCUUUGACCGAGGUCCUGCAGUUGGACAAGAUGAAGCUCAUCAUCCUGGAGCACUAUUCUCAGGCCAGCGAGUGGGCGGCUAAAUACAUCAGGAACCGCAUCAUCCAGUUUAACCCAGGGCCAGAGAAGUACUUCACCCUGGGGCUCCCCACUGGGAGUACCCCACUUGGCUGCUACAAGAAGCUGAUUGAAUACUAUAAGAAUGGGGACCUGUCCUUUAAAUAUGUGAAGACCUUCAACAUGGAUGAGUACGUGGGCCUUCCUCGAGACCACCCGGAGAGUUACCACUCCUUCAUGUGGAACAACUUCUUCAAGCACAUUGACAUCCACCCAGAAAACACCCACAUUCUGGAUGGGAAUGCAGUCGACCUACAGGCAGAAUGUGAUGCCUUUGAAGAGAAGAUCAAGGCUGCAGGUGGGAUCGAGCUAUUUGUUGGAGGCAUCGGCCCUGAUGGACACAUUGCCUUCAAUGAGCCAGGCUCCAGUCUGGUGUCCAGGACCCGUGUGAAGACGCUGGCCAUGGAUACCAUCCUGGCCAAUGCUAGGUUCUUCGAUGGAGAACUCACCAAGGUGCCCACCAUGGCCUUGACGGUGGGGGUGGGCACUGUCAUGGAUGCUAGAGAGGUGAUGAUCCUCAUCACAGGUGCUCACAAGGCAUUUGCUCUGUACAAGGCCAUCGAGGAGGGAGUGAACCACAUGUGGACCGUGUCUGCCUUCCAGCAGCAUCCCCGCACCGUGUUUGUGUGUGACGAGGAUGCCACCUUGGAGCUGAAAGUGAAGACUGUCAAGUAUUUCAAAGGUUUAAUGCUUGUUCAUAACAAGUUGGUGGACCCCUUGUACAGUAUCAAAGAGAAAGAAACUGAGAAAAGCCAAUCUUCGAAGAAACCAUACAGCGAUUAGCCUGUGCUGGGACCUAGUGUCAAGUACCCAUAGGGAAAGGCAGGUCUUUCUGGAAAUUGUCUUUAGAAGAAAGAAUUGUAUUUCUUUAAUCUAGUAUGGUUACUCCAGAUAAGUGGGUGAACUUAUUGUUCUUGGCCAUGAGGCUGGGAGCCUAGUCACGGAGUUUAGCUAUAGGGAGAAUGUUUGUAACUUAAUCAGAAAAAAAAUCUCUGCAAAAUGUACUCCAUCAUUUUGAUGUCUGCCAAACCGAGGUUGGGAGUUUUAAACUUUUUGUUCUGCUUCAGCCAUGGUUCACAUGUAUGACACACUCCCGUCAGGAAUUUCUCUCCUUACAUGCACUGAUUUUCAAGUCGGAGGGAAUUAGGGGCUUGUGUAUAUUGGACACCACCUCUUUGAAGAGUCUUGAGAGUCCUUCUUGCACAGGCCUGCCCCUUGGUUGAGAACCAUUGUUCCAGGUUAAGGCACAAACUCUCAAUAUCUAAAAUAAGUGCAAGAAAGCAGUCUCUUUGGUCAGUAACAAGUGCAAUGGAAAGAAAACGAUCCCUUCCUUCUUCCACUUUCACAGCUUUUCUCUGAACUAGGAGAACCUGGGGGUGGAUUUGGGUGGGUGGGGCCAAAGAGGAGGUUUCUACUGAUAAACCCAGAGCCUCAAGGGGCCAUGUCAAACUUCUCUCCCUCAGGGACUCUCCAGCACCAAAAGGCAGAAGGUGGAAGUCGUUUUCCCCCCAGAGCCCUGUGUUUUUGUGAAAUGCCUCACUGUGGCUCCUCUGUUUUACAUACUCAUUAGUAAGUGGGAGGUCCACUGGGGCAACAGACACUGCCACAAUUUCAAUAUUGUGUUCAGCCAAGGGGACAGUCUGGGCAGGCAGCUUAAGUGUGAGUUUAGUCACAACUCCUGAGUGUCCCGUUCUCCUGCUUCCCUAGGAGGUGAGUGCCAGGAAAAUACAUCAAAUGCUUCUAGUAUUGUUUCCCCACUUAAAAUAGUCCUGCUUAAAUUCACAUGGUGUGGUCUGAUGUUCUGAGAACAUCAGGAAAUACAGCCCUUUUGCCCAUUUAUCCUUCUCCCCGGAUCCCAAGGUAGUCUGUUGCUCUGGCUUCCUUUCAUUGUCUUAGGCCUUCAUGGAGUGGAUGUUGCCUCCUCCUCGCUGUUUUUGUGCCUGUUUGAAGCUACUGCUGCCUCCAUUUCUGGGAAAGACCUUUGAGAGCCUAGCUCAGGCCUAAGGGCUAUGUUUGGUACCAGUGUUUUGUCUUUAGCUUUUCUAUGUGAUUGUGCCGUCAUUCUGUUUUAAGCUCAUGGAUCAAUGGAUUUGUUUACAAUGUGAUAUUUUCUAUUAAAUCUAGUAUUUUCAAA